AUGUCACUUGAAGAGUUCAUCUCUGAUGAUUCUUACGGUGGUUCUUGGGCCGAUGAUGAGAUUGACAUCGCCUCAAUUUCUGUACCCAUCGAGAAGAAUAAAUCACUAGGUGGCUCCGACUCGGGAAUCUUUGGCCCUGGUGGCUACGGACGGUCGAAAAACUUCCUGGUUGAUCAAGGACCUCCGUAUAUCGUGAAACUCCUACACCUUCCUGUGUCGUGUGAUGAUAUAUUCGUGAAAGACCUCUUCAGCUCUCGAUUUAUGCUGUUUAUCAAAUUCAAGAUCGUUUAUGAUCCAGUGUCAAACCCGUUGGAAACGGGUAUAGUCAAGAAAAGUGCAUUUGUUGAGCUAAAAUCGUUCAGUGAUCAAAACAGAGUGGUAAACUGGCAGGACUUGUACUACAAGGGUAACCGCCGAGUGAUCAUUGAACCCGCAGACUACGCAGAUUUUCAAGGCUGUAUGAAGUUUAAUCAGGAGAACGACUCAGAACUACGUCGUGUUGAACGUGAAUUUCUUGCCAACAAAACCAGGGGUAGCUUUGAGGGACGCCGUUCCUCCCAUAGUGGCCAUAUCCCAGGCCUUGGAGUUCUCGGCGAGCUUGAGGCAAUGCAUCUGUCAGGACGUGAUAAUCUGCGAAUGGGUGGACCAGGACGCAGAUCAUCGUUCGGCUCCGGUGGCCACAACGGUCCACCACAACCAAAACCGCUCACUCGUUUCACCUCUUCACAUACAGCAACACCUCAAGUUAUAGAUCCUGGUCAUGAAACGCCAGCCUUGGGUCCAUCAAAACCCAAACCUAAUCCAUUCGGUAAUGCUAAGCCUGUGGAUAUAUUGGCAAAGGAGCAUGAGAUGGAUAAAAAAAUUGUGUCAAUUGACCCAAAUACUGUCACAGCACUCAGCUCGGAUUCCGAAGACAUGCUGAAGAAGAAGGGGAAUAAUGAUUCAGAUGGCAGAAUGCGUGGACCUCCGAAGACCGUCGAGCCCGCAAAAUCGGAGAGUAAUGCAUUGUCUCCGGCUCCAAUUCCAUCUUCCAUCUACGGUCAGAAAAAGAGUUUGGCGGACAUCCUCAGCACCAAGUCUGAGUCUGAGGAUACGAGGACUCCCAAUGCGAAGGGGAGAAAGUCUGCAAAUGGGACUCCGAAACCCCAAGGAAAGCCCGUGAUUUUGAAGAAAAAGCCUUCCACUGUCUCAUCUCCUGCUCAUCAAAAGGAGCUCGAAAGACUUAGUAGCCCCGAUGCCUUACACCUCGAAUCGAAGAGUGCCCCUGAAGUAUCCACGAAGGAUGGAGUUCUUGUCGCUGAUCUGGAUGACGGCUCAAAACUGGAGCCAACGCAGCCCACAAAACCAGAAACAGAUGCAAAAAAGGACGCCUCUUUAAGAGAGGACAAGAAUAAGCUGACCUCAAGCAGGAGAUCUCGGGACAAUCUGAGUAGGAAACUGUUCCUGAGGAGUAAAAGGGGAUCGGUCGAUGAAAGUACAACAAAGAGAGAAUCCACAGAAAAGCAUUCAGCGGAGUAUAACCAUCCAAUUCUUAAGGACCAACAUCAUCUUACAGAACGCAAUAAGUCCUUUUCUUCGCAGCAACGUCCAGACUUCAAGAAGCAUCUCAUUGAAAUGACACUGGCAUUGGAAGAUAAGGUACAAUUAGAAGAUAAGUCGGAUGAAAAGGAUCGAUCCUCUAAUCGUGGUGGCAGGAGAAGUGGAAGAAGAGCUGGAACGGAGAGACGGGGCGGAAAGCGGUCAGAAGGCGGACCAGGAAGGAGAGGAUCUAGAACGAAUACUGAGGGAGCGAAGGAUGGGAAAGUAACUAAGGGGGAAAAUGGUAAACCUCCUGCCCCAGCUGAAUCAAAUGGAGAAGAAAAGCAGAUAAACCUGCAAUUGAAUGGCGCAAAACGACUGAGUGAUGAAGACUCUGGCGACAAAAAUGGCCAUCUGAACUCAAGGCGUGGAAGAGGGCGUGGCCAAAGCGGUCGUGGUGGCCGGGCUUACAGAGGAAGAGGUAGAGGAAGGGGAGGUUCUGAGAGGAGGCCUAGCGGCGAGAGCAGAGAUUCACAACCAGCUAAACCCCCUCCAACCGAAAGCCAGCCAGCGGCCAGUGCAUGA